AGAAAUACCCCUAGCCUCUGGUGAGUAGAGUUCUUAUCUUGUCUCUUCACCAUUCUUGAAGUGCAGCACAGAGAUAAAAUCCAAACUAGAAGCCAUGGAGGUUGUUUCGCAGCCUCUGUGCACCAUUCUAACCGCCAAAACCUUCACGCGUGAACGACCACUUCUCAUUUCGCAAUUCGUCAACCGGAAACCUUCUUCAACACACUUCCCCUUCUUAUCUUUCCGCACCACCACUCUCUCGCGUUUUUCUCCAUCAACUGUAGUUUUGUCUGCGACGCCGGAGAACCAAUUGAGCGUUGAGGAAAAGGAGGACACUGACACAGGGGAUUUCGCACUUCAAGAUUUUUAUUCACUGAGGAGGGAUGUUGAAAUUAUGUCACAGCGUGUUGACGAGAUUAGAGAAUCUUCUGGUCUACAGCUGUUGGAGCAAGAACUUGCCAAUUUGGAGGAGCAAGCAGCUGAUAACUCCUUUUGGGACAAUCGAGCCAAAGCUCAACAGACUCUUUCGACCUUGGCCGAUGUCAAAGACAAGAUAAAAUUACUCAAUGAGUUCAAAACCCAGGUUGAGGAUGCAGAAACAAUAGUCAAGUUGACUGAGGAAAUGGAAUCUAUUGAUAGAGGGCUUUUUGAGGAGGCUGCUAGUCUUAUCAAAGAACUAAAUAAAUCGAUAGAUCGAUUUGAGCUGACUCAACUUCUUUCUGGUCCUUACGAUAAAGAAGGUGCUGUUAUCUUUAUUACAGCCGGUGCUGGAGGUACUGAUGCCCAGGAUUGGGCAGACAUGCUUCUCAGAAUGUACACGAGAUGGGGUGAGAAACAGAGAUACAAGACCAGAGUAGUUGAGAAAUCCCCUGGGGAAGAAGCUGGAAUUAAAUCCGCCACCAUUGAAGUUGAAGGUCGUUAUGCAUAUGGGUAUUUGUCUGGGGAGAAAGGAACACAUCGCAUUGUUAGGCAAUCCCCGUUUAAUGCAAAAGGUCUUCGUCAGACAAGCUUUUCUGGUGUUGAGGUCAUGCCUCUUCUUCCAGAGGAAUCUAUGGAUGUUGAAAUUCCUGAGGAGGACCUAGAAAUUAGUUUUUCAAGAGCAGGUGGAAAAGGAGGUCAGAAUGUGAACAAGGUAGAAACUGCAGUUCGGAUUACACACAUCCCAACUGGUGUCACUGUUCGCUGCACAGAGGAGAGAUCCCAACUGGCAAAUAAGAUCAAAGCUUUGAGCCGUUUGAAAGCCAAGUUGUUGGUUAUAGCUGAAGAGCAACGGGCAUCAGAAAUUAAGCAGAUUCGGGGGGACGCAGUCAAGGCUGAAUGGGGGCAACAAAUACGGAACUAUGUAUUCCAUCCGUACAAACUAGUAAAAGAUGUAAGAACAGCUUAUGAAACGACAGAUAUCACCUCUGUAAUGGAUGGCGAAUUGGACCCUUUCAUCAAAUCUUACCUCAGACACAAAUACAGUAUGACACUGUCUACAAGUGGGAUUCACUAAUUAUAUCUUCUGUUGUAGUCACGGAUCGUUGUCCUGCACAAGGAGUUCUAGUUUGGUUGUUGUAUUUGUAGGCCAUUGUAAUUGAAUAAACAAUCUGUUGCUUUGCAAGUCUUUUCCGUUGAUAAUUUUAAUUGUUUCCUUUUACUGCAUAAAUUAUUGAUGUCAUCUUAACUGGGUAUUGUAUAUAAUAGAAAGAUUAUGCGGCUUAGGCACUGGAAAUAUCAAGUUUGAUGCACUUAUCAAUAGCUUUUGCCUGCGACAUAUAGAAAA